AUGCGUCUGCUUUAUGUGUUAUGUGCCACGUUAAGUCCAGAUGAACUGAUCGAUAAGUGCAUGUUUCAAAAUGAUAGUUUGUGUGGUACGUCGCAAAAUAAAAUUUACCAAUUAGGCCAUACACAACACAAUCUAUGGGUAGCAAAUUCAAUAUUUCUUGCUGGUCAAAAUCGACAAGUGAAAAAAUUUAUGGCUUAUAAACAAAUUUGGCUGUUAGAUAACUACAUUCAGCCAAUGUUAGCGCUGCCCGGAGAAAUCCGUAAACAACAGCAAAUCGAAAAUGCAGCAGAACAGUUAUCAGAAGUCUGUGUCAUCUCGUAA